AGGAAGGGGGCAGGGUGGCUCCGCAGAGCAAGGGUAGUAGCUGGGACAAGAAACAAUUCUCUGCCUAGGUGGCACUGCACAGACCACUGGACCCCUCAUGGCAGGGGAGACUUUUCCUUUCACGUCCUCCACGCUGCGUGCUCUCCGCCUCCAGAGAGAGUGGCUGGAGUGGGAGGACAGGAGGAGGGCCGCUGCCCAUCAGUGCCGCAGCCACAGGUACCCCCCUAGUCCCCAGGCCCGACUCAUUAGACCUCGCCGCUCCUGCCGGGACCCAGCUGUCCACAAUGCCCUGUUCUCUGGAGACCUACAGCAGGUCCAAAUCCUGUUCCAAGAUGAAGAAGCUGCCAACAUGAUUGUGGAGACUGUGAGCAACCAGCUGGCCUGGUCAGCGGAACAGGGAUUCUGGGUGCUGACUCCAAAGACCAAACAGACGGCACCUCUUACCAUCGCUGUGGCCAGAGGCUACACAGACUGUGCCCGACACCUUAUCCUGCAGGGAGCUGAGCUUGACGCCCGUAUUGGAGGACGUGCUGCCUUGCACGAGGCUUGUGCCCAAGCCCAUCCCGACUGUGUUCGGCUGCUGCUCACAUUUGGUGCCAAGGCUAAUGUACUGUCUGAAGAGGGCAUGACUCCCUUGCACCUCUGCACAGCUCCUGAGUCUUUGCAGUGCGCCAAGUUGCUGCUGGAGGCUGGAGCGUCUGUGAAUGUGGCAUCGCAAGAGAGCGAAGUCACGCCCCUGCAUGUGGCUGCAGCUCGUGGGCUGGAACAACAUGUGGCCCUCUACCUGCAGAAUGGUGCAGACGUGACCGUGCGCACCAGUCAGGGAGAGACUGCGCUGAAUGCAGCGUGCGCUGGAGCAGAGGGGCCAGGCAGCAACCGGCAGCACGAGGCUGCAGCGCGACAACUCCUGGAAGCGGGGGCUGAUCCCCAGGCUGCAGGUCGCAAGCGCCACACACCACUGCACAAUGCCUGUGCUAAUGGCUGCGGAGGUCUGGCAGAGCUGUUGUUGCGCCACGGGGCAAGCCCUGAAGUUACCAAUGGGGCAGGCCACACACCAAUGGACUGCGCGCUGCAAGCGGUACAGGACGCCCCCAACUGGGAGCCCGAGGUCCUCUUUGCAGCGCUGCUGGACUACGGGGCUCGGCCCGUUCACCCUGAGAUGCUGAAACACUGUGCCAACUUUCCUCGGGCCCUGGAAGUCCUCCUUAAUGCUUAUCCAUGUGUCCCAUCCUGUGACAUCUGGGUGGAGGCCGUGCUCCCUGAGCUGUGGCAGGAACACAAAGCCUUCUACAGCUCAGCCCUAAGCAUGGAGAAGCAGCCAAGACGGCUGCAGCACCUGGCCCGCUUGGCUGUUCGAGCUCAGCUGGGUAGCCACUGCCGGCAGGCUGCCGCCCAGCUUCCUCUGCCUCCAUUGCUCAGAGACUACCUGCUGCUGUGUGUGGAGGGACGAAUCCAGUGAGCUCUGAACUUGCACCCGCUCCGGGGAAAACCAACUACUGCUUCCUCUGCACUUUGCAUGCCCUGCAGGAGUAGCUUGUCCCUCCACUGACAUCUUAAGCCACCUUUGAUCUUCAGGCCUUCUCAGCCUGUCCCCAAAGAAACCUUUCACCCACCUGCUUUAAGCAGAUGGCCUCUGUAGCCACCCAAGCUACAAGCAACUGAUCCCCUUGUGCAGCUUGUCCCUGCCACCUAUAUUUUGCCUACUCUGCCCAUUUCAUAGUGACAUGCCCUUAGUUGGACUUGAUGGCUCAUACCUCUAACCCCAGUACUCAGGAGCCUGAGGCAGUAGAAUUGUGAAUUCAAAGCUAGCAAGAUCUUGGGGUUGGGGAGACCCUGCUUCCCAGCCUGUGUGUUCUACCCAAACUCUGGGCAGAACUUCAAGGACUGGCUGAUUUUUCUUCUCAGCACUAGGCAUGGAACCCAAGGCCGGGUACAUACUGAGCAGGUAAGUGUCCCAUUACAGAAUCACACAUCUCUAGCUCUUAGUGAAACACGUGUCCCGGAUGCUGGGAUGAUCUUUGUUUUUCCUUCCUCCACUAAUUUAGUCAUUUUACAUCCCGACCACUGUCCUCCUCCAACCCCUCCCCCAGUCACAGAGUCCUUCUCUCCCCUCCUCUUCUCCUCUGUUAAAGCCACAGUUCUGACAGUUCCUUUUAGUAGUUCUUUCCGACCUUCUGGCUGUGAAGUGAAGACUCAGCAGGGGCCUGGGGCGGAGCUCACAAUGAGCGGGCCCCAAGCUUGAUCCCAAACCAGAAAACCAGGCAGCCAAACCUCCACAGUGGACGACAUCAUUUGGGAGGUGGAAGCCAGAGUUCGAAACCAGCCUGGUGCCAGGCAGUGGUGGUGCAUGCCUUUAAUCCCAGCACUUGGGAGGCAGAGGCAGGCGGAUUUCUGAGUUCGAGGCCAGCCUGGUCUACAGAGUGAGUUCCAGGACAGCCAGGACUAUACAGAGAAACCCUGUCUCGGAAAAAUCGG